CCUAAGGGACUUUCCACACAGUCUUUAGUGUUAGUUCUGCUCUAAGUUCUGCAGAGUGAACAUCUCUGUUCUGUUUUAGGUUCUGUAGAAUUCGGAAGGAUUUUGAUUAAUGCCAAACAUGCCUGACUCUGAGACACCUUUAGUGACCGCGGCACCUUCAGGGCGCUCCAACAAGAAAGCACUGAAGGCCGCGGGACUGACCCUGCUGGCUUGUCUGCUGCUCGCUGGCCAGGCCAUAACUGGCUACCUGGUCGUGGGCCAGAGGGAUCAGAUCCAGGACCUGAACAAUCGCAUGCACAGGCUGAAGGAGAUCAGCAGGAAGACCGCAUCAGGCUCUGUUGUCCCCAUGAGGAUGCACCUGCCUAUGGCCUCCAUGCCUCUGCUCAGAAUGCCUGAAGAUCUUGCUGAUAAGAAGGACCCUGCCGCUUCUGAAGCACCCAAGGAUGCAUCCACCUUCCUCUCCGAGUGUCAGAUGGAGGCCCAGGGCCUGACCAACAGCAAGCUGCCAUCCUUCCGUCCUCAGUGCGACAGGGUGGGCGGCUACCUGCCUCAGCAGUGCUGGGAAACUGUGUGCUGGUGUGUGGAUGCAAACGGGAAGGAGAUCCCCAACUCCGUGGGGAAACCCAACUGCGCCAAUGGCAGCAUGAAGGUUACACAAGCAUUUGCUGCCCGUGGCCUGCUGCUCCAGCCCAUGGUUGAGAAGGUUGAGAAGGUUGAGGAUAACUGAAUCCUGAAAGAGGAAACAAAAGUGGUUGUCAAUUAUAACAUCUUUUUAAAGCUUUUUUAAGUGGUUUCCAACUGGGAAAAAUAUUAAGCUUCUGUUCUUUAUAUAUUUUAGAUAUUGUGUCCCAUUUAAUGUAAUUUUGAAAGAACUUGCAGAUUAAAAGUAGUUUGGCUAUGAUACGAUUAGGACAUAGCUUAAGGCUUCGCUGAGAACAUUUCCAGGUUUAAGCUUUUUUGUCUGUUAAUUAUAAAUCUAAGGCUGCACUGAUUGUUGUGGGACUGUAGUUUAAACAGAAUUUACUUCAUCUUCAUCUGCUAUUGAUUCACUGAAUUUUGCAGAACUUAUUUUCUGCGUAUUUUUAAAUAUAACUUUAUAUUUUCUUGUCAUUAAUUAGUAAUUAACUGCAGGAAGUGCAAUACUGUAUAUUCCUUAAUGAGAGACAAUAUUGAACAAAUAAAAACAACCACUAUAAAACA